AGCCUUGUCCGAAGUUCUCCUAUUUCGGGUGCUACCGGUUUCUUGUAUUAUCAAGCGCCCUACGCUACGGGAAUCCAAGGCCGGCGCUCUUCUACUGACGGGAAAGCGGAAGCCAGGAGCGGAGAAACCCUAGCAGCGGCGAUCCCCUCCGUCACUUCCUCCCAAAUUUAGGGUUUCUUCCGUUCCCCAGAGGAGACCAGGGAUUGGAACUGGGAGUAGCCCAGCGUCUUCCUCUUUCUGUGGCGGUGAAUCGAAAGAAAGGUGAGGAAUCCAGAGGUAGAAACCCAAGCGGCAAAGAUCCAUCAGCCCUCGUUAAAAGAGGGACUUUCGAACGGAAAGAGGCUGCGGAGAUCAUCUGAGGAGCGGAAUUGGGAGCAAGAAGGAAUCAAGUGUCCUCAAAAAAAGAUAUCAAAACAUCAACAUUUCUUGAUGAAAAAUUAAGAUCGGUGACCUUUCCUGUGCAUAAAACUGCUUUCGUGAUUGCAAAUUUUCGAGCUCGGAGCCGCUGCAUCCCUCGGAGUUGUGGAAAAUGUCGGAAUUUCUUGACCUGGAGUCACAGGAUGGGGUGCGAAUGACUUGGAACAUCUUCCCAGGCACAAAGCAGGAUGCUGUGGGCUGUGUCAUCCCUACUGCAGCUAUCUAUACCCCUCUUAAGCCCAUUCCAAACACCCCAGUUCUGCCCUACGCUCCCCUUCGCUGCCGCAUGUGCCGCUCCAUCCUCAACCCCUUCUCCAUCGUUGAUUACAUUGCCAAGAUUUGGAUCUGUCCCUUCUGCUUCCAGCGCAACCACUUCCCCCCACACUACUCAUCCAUCUCUGAGGACAACCUCCCUGCUGAGCUCUUUCCUCAGUACACCACCAUUGAGUACGAGUCAACUCCUGAUGCUGGCCCUGCUGUGCCUCCGGUGUUCCUCUUCGUUGUAGACACGUGCAUGAUUGAGGAGGAGAUUGGGUUCUUGAAAUCUUCACUUGCCCAGGCUGUCGAGUUGUUGCCUGAGAAAUCUCUUGUUGGGUUGAUCACCUUUGGGACCUAUGUGCAGGUUCAUGAGUUAGGAUUUGGGCAGGUGCCAAAGUCAUACGUGUUUAAGGGGUCAAAGGAGGUGACUAAGGAACAAAUCUUGGAGCAAAUGUGCUUUUUCACACGAAAACCAAAGCCAAGUGUGGGGGUCAUUGCUGGCAGUAGGGAUGGACUCUCCGCAGAGAGCAUUGCCAGAUUCCUCCUGCCUGCAUCUGAAUGCGAGUUUGUCUUAGAUUCACUUCUAGAAGAGCUUCAGAAAGAUCCUUGGCCUGUCCCAUCAGACCAGCGUGCAUCGAGAUGCACAAGCACUGCAUUAAGUAUUGCAGCUAGUUUAUUGGGGGUUUGUGUACCUGGUUCAGGAGCAAGGAUUAUGGCCUUUGUCGGUGGCCCAUCAACAGAAGGACCUGGCUCUAUUGUAUCAAAGAAUUUAUCUGAGCCAAUUCGUUCACACAAAGACCUAGAAAAAGGUUCUGCACCACUCUAUAAUAAAGCUGUCAAGUUCUAUGAGGGGCUCUCAAAACAGCUUGUACAUCAAGGACACGUAUUGGAUUUGUUUGCAUGUGCACUCGAUCAGGUUGGGGUGGCAGAACUCAAAGUUGCAGUUGAAAGGAGUGGGGGAAUUGUUGUGCUCACAGAAAGUUUUGGUCAUUCUGUUUUCAAGGAUUCACUUCGACACAUUUUCCAGUCAAGUGAUUAUGACCUUGGUUUAUCAUUCAAUGGUAUAUUUGAGGUUAACUGCUCGAAAGAUGUCAAAGUUCAAGGCAUUCUCGGUCCCUGUGCUUCUUUAGAGAAGAAAGGUCCUCUGUGUUCUGAAACGGCUGUUGGACAGGGAAACACAAGCGCCUGGAAGUUGUGUGGUCUUGACAAAAAGACAUCGUUGUGCUUGGUAUUUGACAUAGCAAGGAAAGAUGGCCCAGAAGCAAUUGGUCAACCUACAAGCAAUCAAUUUUACUUCCAAUUUUUGACAUAUUAUCAGCACAAUGAUGGCCAUAUGAGAUUACGUACAACUACUCUUUCCAGAAGAUGGGUGGCUGGUCCUGGCAGCAUCCAGGAUUUGAUAGCUGGGUUUGAUCAAGAAGCAGCUGCUGCAGUCAUGGCACGCUUAGUUUCUUUUAAAAUGGAAAUGGAGGCUGAUUUUGACCCAAUAAGAUGGCUUGAUCGAUCAUUAAUUCGUUUAUGUUCGAAGUUUGGAGAUUAUCAGAAGGAUAGUCCAUCCUCGUUUAGCCUAUCCCCACGUUUAUCAAUAUUUCCGCAGUUUAUGUUUCAUUUAAGGCGUUCUCAGUUUGUCCAGGUUUUUAAUAACAGUCCGGAUGAAACUGCAUAUUACAGAAUGAUCCUCAAUAGAGAGAAUGUAGCCAAUUCAGUUGUGAUGAUCCAGCCUUCACUGAUAUCUUACUCGUUCCAGUCAGACCCUGAGCCUGCUCUCCUUGAUGUAACUGCAAUUGCUGCUGAUAGGAUCCUUCUAUUGGAUUCCUACUUUAUUGUUGUUGUAUUUCAUGGAGCAAGCAUUGCCCAGUGGCGGAAUGCUGGAUACCAAAAUCAAGCUGAACAUCAGCCAUUUGCUCAAUUGUUGCAAGCCCCACGCGAUGAUGCUGAUGCAAUAGCCAAAGAGCGGUUUCCUGUUCCUCGUUUGGUCAUAUGCGACCAAUACGGCUCCCAGGCCCGUUUCCUCUUGGCGAAAUUGAACCCUUCAGUCACAUACAACUCCGAUAAUCCUCCAGCACCUGGUGGAGAUGUCAUAUUCACGGAUGAUGUUAGCUUUCAGGUCUUCUUGGAUCAUCUCCAACGUCUAGCAGUUCAGUAAUAUAGGUCUUUAUAUUACCAAUUCUAUACCAUUUCUGUUCGUCUAUUCCAUGUAAAGUGAUGAAUGCUUUCGUUUAUCCCUGUAUAUCCACUCUUUCAUCAUAAGUAUGGAAAGGUCAGUUUUGUUUUUAUCAUUUGCACGAAGAGCUGGUAUAUGCUGGAAAUCUCUGCUUUUCAUUUAUUUUAAAA